GCUUUUAGAAAAUCUGACAAUGUGACAUUCAGAAUAGAUACCACUGAAGAGAAACCAAAACUAGAACAACCAUGGAGGAAGAAUCUUUUCCAAAGAGUGGAGGCAAGAGCACAGGCAAUGCAGAAGAAAAUAAUAGAGAAAGAGAAUCUGAAAAAGGAGCUAGAAAAGAGGACUGAGAAAAAACUUGAUAAGGAUAAUUUGGCCAAUGAGUGGUUUAAUACUGAAAGCACAACAGUAAGUUCUCGAGCAUAUUUGCUUGACAAGCUUCUACCCACCUUAGUUCCUGGAAUGGAAAAAAUGUUAAUGCAAGUAGAAAAGAAGACACUUUUCAAAGACACUCAUUCUCCAGCUAAGUUUGAUCCAAUUAAUUUCCUAGGGGAAUACUUAAUGAGACACAAUCCUAAUUAUGCCAAAGAAAAAAUGUCUGGUUACCAGAGAGUGAUGAGAAAAGUCACAGAAGAUUUGAAGGUCCAUGUUCCUGACACAAUCUGCAAUAGAGUAUCCAAGAUAAAGGAGAUUGUUAAACAGAAACGAGGACAAAGAGAAAGACUAAGCAAGAUAAAAAUCAAGGUGGCCAGAACUCGGAGUCAGGCUCUGGAAGAGCAAUUCAAUGAGUGGAUUCUAGACCCCAGGGGAACAAUUCCUAUGGCAGUGAUUCAGAAUGCGCUUUCUGAUUUUUUCAAAACUUCAGAGUUCUGCCUUGAAUCACGUUGCCAGCAGUUGGAGAUUACUGACUCAAUGGAGCAAAGAUUUGAUAAAAAUGAAUUUACUAAGUACAUCUCUUCACACAUCUCAGACUUUAAAAGUGAAAUGUUUGAGGAACUUCUGCAGCACCUUUGCCACUGUGCAAGUGAAUUUCGGGAGCUCAUAAAAGCUGACAUGCGGAGGCAGAUGUUUAUUGAGCUCUUCCUGUAUUGUGACCAUGGAAAGGUAGGAUUUUUGGAUCGACAAAGGACAUUGACUUUGCUGGAAAUAUUCUAUGACCAAAGUCCAAAAAUGCUUAGAACAUUGCUCCGAAAUCCAAGACAAUGGCCACUAAUUGAAUUUGAAGAGAUGGAUUUACCUGAGUUCUGGGGAGACAUGGAUAAGCAGAAACACAUUUAUGAAGACUUUGAUGAUGCAGUCUCACAGAUGAAUGCAUUAAUUUCAGGGGAGAAAGAUGGCAAAAUGCAAAAUGAGUUACUAGAAGAUGAACAAAAACCGAGGAAAAGGGCAAUUCCAGAAAUAAAGCUGCAAAGAAUGUCAAAAGAAGAACAAUACCAAGAUAAAGAGACAAAUAUAGAACGGCAACUGACUAGACUCUUACAACUAAGUCAAAGACUUUAUAGAGAGUCAAAUGGAGAAGGAUCAAGUUUUGAGUCAAUAAAGGGAUGGCAACAGAAAGAGCCAAUAGCAGAACAAGAGCCAGAUAGAGUGUCACCUUCAGAACAUAGAAUUCCCACAGGAUCAAAUUCAGAAGAGGAAACUCUCAAAGAGUCAAUUGAAGAACAAGAAACCCACCCAGGAUUAACUACAGAACAAGGGCUUCGCACAGAAUCAACAGCACAAGUGCAGCUCAAAGAAAGAUCAUCCCAAGGAUCAACUGUAGACCAAGAGUCACCUGGUGGAUCGGUGGUAGAACAAAGGUCAAGUAAAGAGUCAACCAAAGACCAAGAACAACAUAAAGAAUCAAUGCUAGAAAAAGGGUCACAUAAGGAGUCAGAUGAAGAACAAGAAUCACAUGGAGAGUUAAUGAUAGAAGAACGUGAUAGAGAGGUCCUUCCAGAAAAUCAGAACAUGCACUCAACUUCAGAAUCAACUGUAAAAUAUGGGGAGGAUGUGGAGGUCUCUCCACAGGAAGAAGGGCUUCAGGAGCAAAUGCAUGAAGGAGAAUUGGCUGAACAUUCAGAGCUGCAAGACGUUCUAACGUCAAGUGGAAAAGAUCUUUCAGGAAGUGCAAAAAAGGGCCCAAAAUCAAAGUCCUGUGAACCCAAGUCCUCUAAAAUAGAAGGAAAGUCAUGGUCAGGUGAAUUUUUGACUUGGAACUGGAAAACAAAAUAUGCCAAAUUUGAAGAUGAAGAACAGGCAAACAUAAUUUAUAGUAACUCCAGAUUCACAGAACUACACUCAAUUAUUAGAGAUAUUCAGUCUCGGAAAGAAAAAGGCAGGACUGCAUUCAAUGGAGUUUCCCUCAAUUUGCUACAGUUUGUACAACUGCUGGACACAUUUGUUGGUGAAGACAUCUCCAUGAGUGAUAGUGAGGCUCUUAUCUCCUUUUUUAAGAACUAUUAUGUUGAAACAAAAGAAGAGAAAAUUAAUGCCUUAAAACAGGUUAAACAAAAUACUUUACGAGUUCGAUGGGGCCUUCUCUUAGAAGCCCUCUUCCAGAAGUGGGACAGUGAUGCCUCAGGCUUCCUGGAUCUGAAUACAAUUGAUGAACUCUUGUUUACGUACAAGGGAGGAAUGGAAAAGGAAUCUAUGAAAAAAGCUAAACUACACAUCCAAUUUCCAAAGCCACAGCCUGGUCAUGAAGUGAAAUUAUCUUCAAAACAGUUUCAGAAAUAUAUAGAAUUGAUUGUAUCUGAACUGAGAGGCGAUGAAGACGAGGUUCUGGAAAGUGUUGUGGAGUUCCUGAUGAACUCGCUGGAGCAGAGCCAUGUUGAGAAUCUGAGAAACUCUGUCAGGCGAAAGUGGCUGCAGCAAAUCCAACGUGCUGCAGAGACCAGUGGGGUGUCUGUGGAGCCCGUCUACACAGAAACCUUCAAGGCCCUCAAUCAGGAUGCUGAAGCCCAUGGGAAUAAGAGGAUCAGUGCUCACAUUUCUCUCUUAGAAGAAAAUGAACUACUGCCGGACAGAGGGAAAGUUCUGUUGAGGAACGUGGCUUGUACCAUAGACGAUGCACCCUGUGUGCUAAACAGAGUGCUCUACAGGGACAUGAAAGGAGUUAGCUUCACAGUAGUGGAUGAGGGGAAGCCAAUCCAUGUCCCCCAAGUUCAGCAUCAUGAUAACAUCCACUUGUGGAACCAUUCCCGCCAUAAGCAAAAGUAUAAUGGGUCAUUCCUGGCUCUGCCUCUUCAGGAUGCAUCUAUGAGGAUCUUUGGGGUCAUAGCUGUUGACACUCUGAGAGAUCCUCAGGAAAUAAAUGUCUUCUUACCUCAUGAGAUACAAUUCUACCAAGGUGUUGCCAGUGCCUUUAGCACUGCCUAUCACUAUGUGCACAGCCGGGAGCACAUCCUGCAUAUUGUCAUCUCGGGCAUCGGCUGGCUCUAUGGCAUCGUACCCAUGGAGACCAUCACUACGUACUUUGUUGAGUCUGACCCACAACAGAAUUCAGACUAUGUUUUACGAAAUAUGAUGAUUACAGAGUCCCUGGGUCUAACAGAAAUCCACUCCAACCCUCCCACCAUCACGAGGAAGACAUGUAUCUUCAGUGACUUCCUCUUUAAGUGUACAGACAGUUCAGAAGUUAUUUUGACCUCUGCCUUUGGAAAAACCCACAUCAUAAUUCCAAUCCGUGAGAGAACAGGAAAGGCUCUGGGAGUCAUAGACUUUAACAUUGGCCGGAGUAGAAUGUUGCUGUAUCGAGAAUAUAAAGAUUUACAGAAAAUGAUGAAAGUUGUCCAGACUGCUUGCUUUGAAAUACUGGGUGAAUUAUCUGGCGAGAUAAAGAAAAGCUAUGUCUUAGAGAUUGAACAUCUAGGGGAAGUCCAGCGCGCAGGAAGUCUUUUCUUCCGCGUCAUGCUCCAGGAGCUCCAGGAAAGCAUCCGACAGCUUAACCCCCAAGACUUCGUCUCAGUGUUGCUUUAUGAUUUUAAACUUCUGGCACAGCCAGAAUCUUCUGAAGACUCUGACAGUUUGCAGGAGAUUGAAGACAGCAGAAGCCUGCUGCAUGACAUCCUGAUGGGAGUUAUCUUGUUCUUUCAUCCAGAAUUGGAAUUCUCAAGUGACUUCCAGGAUUGGGAAAAGUGUAAGCUGUAUGUUAACAGAUUUUUAGUUGAGAAUAUUUGUACCUUAGAUCCAACUUCUAGCAACCUGCAAGUUAAUUUGAAGCUCAUUGAUGGAUUUAUCAGAGAUCACUCCCGAAUUGAAGUAUGGAAUUUUGGUAAUAUUGUCAUCGAAUAUCUAUACCACUGGUCACAUAUCUGUUCCGCUCUAGUCGAGCUAAAGACUAAAGCAAAAAGUAUUAUCAGACCUCCAUUGCCCUCCAAAACAGAUACAUAUGUGUAUGCAAAAAUGCCAGGGGAAAACUUGUUAGGAAAAGAAUAA